AUGACACUUCAGAAAUAUGCAGUGAAGUACAAUCGUUGCUCGAUGGCAGAGCUUCGGAAGUUCAUCAAAGCACGUACGGGGGGAAAUACGCCGAAGAGCAAUGUCAAGGAGACCAAGAGGCAAUGCAGGAAGAGAUGGGCUGCCCAGUUGAGGCGACUGGACCACAAUGCUUCUUUCCGAUUUCUGGACUUACCGCCCGAGCUCCAAAACACUAUCUACGAACAUAUCCUCACGCAUGACCGCAGCAAAGGCUCUGUCGCGUACCCUGCGCUUCUAAGAGCAUCCCCAGAAGUAUACAAAGAUGGUUCAAGCAUAUUGUACGCCGACAGUGUGCUAGAGCUUUCGGUGCUCUUCUAUCUUCGUGUCAAUCCGACCGGGAGCUCUUACUGGUCGAUAACACAACUCAAGCUGGGUAGCGAAAGAUCUCGAUACAAAUCGAUCUACGACGACUACGACGUGGCUUCCCAGAUACCUGCUCUUCGACAAAUACGCAACAUUCAUCUUCACAUCAAGCUCUGGCAGCUGCCCCUUGGAACGAGGAGAUCAGCAGUCGUCCCUAAUUGGGAGCAGGUUGCUGAUGUACUGUCAAAGCUGGUCAAAGCUUGUCACUCGUUGAGAUACAUCAAGCUCGACGUCGAGCACAAGAGACUUCCUAGCCAUGCAGGCCUUGCGUCUUUGCCACAUAUAAUAUCGCCACUGGCAAACCUACCCAGUAGCUGUACGCUGGAACUGAAAGGCUUGGACGAUCACGAUUACGAUGAGUUUUGGAGUAUGGCAAAUGCGAUAGAUAUGAUCCCGACGCUUCGAUUCUUGGAGGACCACUCGCAUCUCGAGGUGUUCGAACGCUCUAUGACUUGGCUGCGCGCGAAGCAGUCGAGACUCCUUGGAUGA